AUGAACACCACUAGUGCCUCGGCCGUAAUUAAGAUAUUUCGGGAAAUAUUUGCUAGGUUCGGGCUUCCGUCCCAAAUUGUUACCGAUAACGGGCCACCUUUCACUUCUAGUGAAUUGAAAUCGUACUUGGAUAGGAACGGCAUCGUACAUAAUCUAACUAGCCCCUAUAGGCCAAAGGGUAACGGGGCGGCCGAGAACGCUGUAAAAACAGUUAAAAACUGUAUAAAGAAGGCUCACUACGAGGGGUUAGACGUGGAGCGAGCCCUUAGCAAAAUGCUCUUUCAAUAUCGUAAUUGCGAGCACGCAACUACCGGAAUUCCCCCCGCCGUGGCCCUCCUGGGUCGCAGGCUUCGUGGGCGUCUAGAUCUCCUGCGUUUCGAUGUGGAGGAGCGUGUUCGGGCCAAACAGUCGCAGCAGGUCGAGCGUGCAGGCGGCACGCACCGUGACGUAGGCGUAGGUGACAGGGUAUUCGUGCGAGACUACUCGUUACGUAACAAUAGGAAAUGGGUCGAAGGGCGAGUCAGCGAGCAGGUCGGGCCAGCUUCGUUUUCAGUUAAUGUACCUACCGGUACAGUUAGGCGGCAUGCGGAUCAAAUUCUGCUGCAGAAACAGAAUCGCUACUCGCUGUCUCGCGCCUCGGACAAUGAUAAGGAUGAUGUAAGUGACGAGCGCUCAGCUGUUACUAUGGAGCAGACGCCGGUCGCCCCCGUCAAGUCGGCUGAGCCCGAGCCGAGUGCGGCGGCGGCCGAGCCGCCCACCCCGCCUCCUGUUAAAACUAUCGAGCUGCGCCCUCGCCGCGGGCGACCGUAUACAUUAAACAUAGAUUAA